CAGCUGCUCCAGCGUUCGCGGAAAGUGGAUCUCUAGUUCCGAGUAGCCGGGAAAUCCCGCGCGGAACUUGCCGCGACAAGCCUCGCUGCAGAACAGGUGCAGUCGGUCCUUGUAGAGUACGCCGAGACUCGGCUUGCCUCGGAUCAGUACGCGGGAGGGAAGCUGCGAGGCGUAAGUCACGAGGCAGUAGCCGCCGUUCGCCAGUCGGCUGGACCAGAAGGAGUUCUCGAGGUCGACGACGUCGUGCGCCAGGAUUUCGGGGUCGAAUCGACUUUUCUCACACAAAACCCGACCGAGAGGGGAACAACGUGUCUCGCGCACGGGCUUAUAGCUCAGGCCUCAGCUCGUACAUACGGCACCACACGGAUGGCAGCAGCGUGUGACGUCACGAUUCGAGAGAGACACGGAUAGCCUUGUUCGGCUGCAAGAGCGGCCGGAGCUUCGAGCUCUCCUGCAACGCUGGAAUUGAGCGAGCUGCAUUAUCGACGGAGCUGCCCGCGAAAUUAGGACUGCAUUGGCAUGGAGAUAGAGAUAAGACUUAUUCGAACAUUGUCUUAAGUCAGAUCAACACCGAAGCUCAAUAAAACUUGAACGAAGAUGAUUCUUUUGCUGACUAUUGUUCUCUGUACAUUUCAUCAGUUCACCAUAACAACUGCUUUUGCUGAUUGUAGAUCAGAAUCGUUCAGGGGUACAGAAUGUGUGAAAAUAACGAGUUGCGAGGAGACCUUCGAUUACAUAAAAGAAUUGCACUCUACAAACUUGGUUCUCCAUUAUCGAUAUAUGAUCGGAUACAUGCGUAGUAUAACAUGUGGAUUCGACGGAAACGUUCCGAAAGUUUGCUGCUCAAUUCGGAAUCCUUAUAAUGCCAGGAUUGUUAAGAGAACGGCACUAUUCGAUUCAACGGGAAUAAUAUUCCCUGACGAACCGGCACUUGCAGGCACGCCAGACUCGCCAACUAAGGCAGACUCAGUUCCAGCUACAAAGAUACUUUCAAGUGAAACUAUCAAGACAGAUUCGGAAACAACCGUCGAAGCAGAUUUGGAAACAACUACCGAGGCGGAAUCAACUACUCAGGUUGAUGCGGGGUCAAGCGAGGAUUCAGGAUCAAAGGAGUCUUCAGAAUCGAAAGAGGACCCAAGCGCUUUACCCACUGUUUGCGGAAAUUUCAUUUGGAGCAAGAAUCUUAACAAAGACGACCAUCCUACUGAUUUAGGUGAUUUCCCUUGGUUGGUACUGCUGGAAUAUAAUACAACAAUAGGGACACAAAUUGGAUGUGGUGGUGUACUGAUUAGUAAUCGAUACGUGCUUACCUCGGCCCACUGUGUCGAUCCAUCUUUGAACUUAACAAGCGUCAGACUAGGAGAACACGACCUGAACAUGGAUCCAGAUUGCAGCUACGAAGGACCUGACGUUACCACGCGUUAUUGUGCUGAUAAAACCGUCGUUGUCACUGUCGAAAAGCAAAUUCCUCAUGAAAACUACAGCUUUGUCCAAGAUCCUAAAGAUUCUGGGUCAAAGCCAUAUGAUAUCGCUCUGAUUCGAUUGACCAAAGCCGUUUCUUCAGAUUACGUCAAACCAAUUUGUUUACCUGGUGAAACUGCCGUAAUGAAGGGUCGAUUCUUGUCAGCUGGAUGGGGUGCUGCUCCGAAUAAUACCUACUUAAGAUCCAGCGUAAAGCGUAUGGCUAGAAUGAUUGGGGUUGCGGAUGAAGACUGUAAUGAGAAAUACAAGAAACAAUUGCAGGAUGACAUGUUGUGCGCGAAAUCUCAAUCUCUCCAAACUGCCUGCGUUGGUGAUUCCGGCGGACCGCUUAUGUCGAUCGACCUUGAAUCCAGAAUGACGGUUGAAGGACUCUUCUCGCCAAUUCAUAAGGAGUUUUGCCUUAUCGGCGGUGUGCCCGGAACUUAUACGAAUGUACGAAAAUACACCGAUUGGAUAAAGGCAAACAUGUGAUAUCAAUGGACUGACUGUUCUUCUGUAUUUCCUGUAAUCCUAGAGUGUACUUAAAUAAGUAUUUUCAAUGUUUGUUAGAAUCAUCAUUACGUACACCUUAGAGAAAUAUACAAUAAAAUAAGAGAUUAUUGCUUAAAGAUUUAGCGUAAGAAAAUAUUAUUCAUUUGAUACAGCCAUUAGUUGUAUUAUGUCAUUUUUUAGAUAAUUUUUAUAUUUUUAUACUUGUAUGUAUUUCGAUCUGUCUAUGUAUACUUAAGAAUAUAAUAAACAUCUUCAAUUCAUCAUUUAUAA